UCAAACAGAACCAGCUCAUUCCCUUCGAUCACCAUCCACCUUCAUCCUGCAACAGCAAUCUCAAAAGAGCGCAUCUCAAUCAUCAUGUUUGGUGCUUUUCGAGGAAACAACGGUGCCCCGAACAACUUCGAAUACACGGAUCCGUCUCGCAACUUCGCCAUGGAUGGGCACAACAAUACCUUGCUCGCGUGUGACUCGUGUCGAGCUCGAAAGGUCAAAUGCAAUGGAGACCUCUACGGUUGUGAUCGAUGCCGAGCUACAGCCGUCCCUUGCACCUACCAUUCAUCUGCCAUGCUCGCAGGCCCCUCGAGUUUGAAGAGACCGUCAUGGACGACUCCGGAUUUCUCCACGCCACCGUCCGCGAAGAGACAGCAGACUGGUCAUCCUGGCAAUGACAUGAGCAAGCCGACAGCAUCCGCCAUAGCUAGCAACUCCAUUCCGAACAUGCUCCACCGGCCGCCGCCCCUCGACCUCAGCAAUUCCAGGCCCCGAAUGCCCAUCACGCCACCAGGAGCUGGGUUUGCCAACUCUACCCAGGACUGGCCGGCUCUCUACAACAUGGGUAACAAGCCCUACCAGGGUUUGAACAUCAAUCUAGGCGGGAUCGUUCCAUACCCAUCCAUGAUCCCUUCGCUACCAAUGCUUCACAACCCAUCCAAUUCCUCGGUGUCAACGGUAAGCUCCUCGACAAUGUCGGACGAAACCGAUCUGUCCGACCUCGCCGUGACCGCCCCAACGAACGCUACCCCCUCGAACCCGUUCGAUUAUCACUCCCGCCGCUGCGAAUGUGUCCGGUCACUCGCUGACACCCUCGAGAAGAUAAGCGGCGGCGACAUCGAGACCAGCGAGAACAUCGAGAACUCCAAGCAGACAGACAGUUUGCUCAUGCGCUUACACGACGGGGUCGAGACGUGCAAGAGAGUCGUCGCGUGUGUCCACUGCACUGUCUGCGUCGCAAACUCCAUGCUCCUCGUCACUAUCUUCCAGCGGCUCCUGAAGAUGUCGACCGAUCUGAGCCGCCACAUCCUCGACGCCCAGAAGAAGGCCAAGUCCCUGCCCCCGCUGACGGACUCGCCCCCGUCUCCGCAGACGCCGGAUGACCAUGUGAGCAGGUAUCAGAUCCAGAUCGCGGCCGUUUGCCUCCGCUUCGUGCAUACCCUCAUAGGCAUGAACCUCAAGCAUGCCGUUCGGCUUCUGGAUAUUCUCCGGGAUCGCAUCGGGAAGAAGGCGAAGGCGUCCAACUUGCUGGAGGAGGUCAUCCAGACCGCGCAGAAGAAUGUCGAGAUGUUGGAUGAGUUCACGGCCAACCAAGCCGCUUCCUCGGAGACCCGCAAUGGAUAGCUUUGGAUGGGAGGGAUGCCUUAUGACAGCCCUAGUCGUCUGGAUCGGGGACCAGCCCUAAUUUGUUUUCACUUGGCGCAUACGAUUGUUCUUUUUUUUUUAUUUUUUUUUGUUUUUGUCACGAAGUCAUGUUUCAUCGUAU